AUGCGAAUGAUUAUUGUUCCUUGUUGUCUUGCCCUUCUGGUGGCACUAGUCACAUGCGAGGGUACUGCUGCAGAGGACACGAAGGCGGAGGAAACCCAAGUAGAGGCGAAGGAAUCGCAGAAUGUGGAGAAGCGCGGCCUGCACUCUUCCUUUGGCGAUUUCGGCAGUGACUUUGGGGGCCACGAAGAUGACCACCACCACCACCACCACCACGAGCACAUCAAGACGGUGACGAUCGAGAAGAAGGUCCCGGUGCCGUACACGGUCGAGAAGCACGUCCCGUACACGGUCGAGAAGAAGGUACCGUACGAAGUGAAGGUCCCGAUUCCGCACCCAUACGUCGUCGAGAAGAAGGUUCCGGUCCACUACAAGGAGGUCGUCAAGUACCCGGUGCACGUGCCCGCUCCUUAUACCGUCGAGAAGAAGGUUCCUUAUGAGGUCAAGUACCCAGUCGACAAGCCGUAUGAGGUGAAGGUGCACGUGCCACAGCCCUACACCGUCGAGAAGAAGAUUCCUUACGAGGUUAAGGUGCCCGUCCCGGUGCCGUACACCGUCGAGAAGAAGAUCCCGUACGAAGUGAAGUACGAGGUGCCCGUCCCGAAGCCGUACACCGUCAUCAAGAAGGUCCCUUAUGAGGUGAAGGUCCCGGUCGACAAACCGUACAAGGUGGAGGUUCCCAAGCCAUACCCGGUCGAAGUCCCGAAACCAUACCCGGUCGUCGUCGAGAAGAAGGUCCCUUAUGAGGUGAAGUACCCGGUCGACAAGCCCUACAAAGUGGAAGUGCCCAAGCCCUACAAGGUUGAGGUGAAAGUCCCUUACCCAGCGCCGUACACCGUCGAGAAGAAGGUGCCGUACACCGUCGAAGUGCCCCAGCCCUACGAGGUGAAGGUCCCGAUCGACAAGCCGUACCCGGUGUACAAGGAGGUGAAGGUCCCGAUCGAGAAGGAAGUCCCAUACCCCGUGAAGGUCCCUGUCCACUUACCUUACCUUCGAACUCAUAAUACCUAA